UUAGUGUUGAAAGUUUCUUGCAUAAAUUGUCCGCAAAAAGUUUGCGGACAAUUUUUUGCGGGCAAAAAAUUUUUUCAUGAUUCCAAUUUAUAUGUGAAUAUCCAUUAUUUAAUCAAGGCCUUGAAAGAAUCGAUUCCCUGGCUACGCCCUUGCUAUGUACAGUCAAACCUCAAUUUUAACCACCCUCACUUUUGGAAUGCUUAUAAAGUUGGGCAAUUUUGUGGAGACGUUGCAUAAACGAUACCUUCCAGUAUUGGAUACACUUGCUUUUAAGGAUAUUUUUAGUUCAAAAGUGUAUCCUCUAAAAAUGAGUGUAACUGUUAAAAAGGCAAUUUCUCGCUGUGUUGAAGUGUUUGGUGAAAGAAAUGUUUAUCCAGCUCAUAUAAUUGAGGAAAUGAAGACGGCAUUGGUUAGUAGAAUAGCAACAGAAAAAGACGAAUCUCAAAAUGCUACUGAAAUAAUUGAUUUUCAAAAAAUAAUUAGAGCAAUUGAAAGUUUUUACAAAAAUGAAAUGUUGACAGAAAAGGCUAGAGAAAUUCUGUCUCGAAGUUCUUUUAAUUUUAAAGAAUCUGUUCAAGGAAGGGUUAAAGGUUUUUUUAUUAUUAUUUUAAUUUUUGGCAUAUUUGGGCUUCUCAUGUCGUUCGGGCCUGCCUUUGAGUCAUCUCAUUAUCGAAAUGAAGGAAUUAAAGCUUUAGCAGAUAUGGACUCUUCCCGACAAAAAUUAAUUUCAUUUCUUGACACAGUUGAAAAACAUAAACAAAAAGGGCUUUUAUUACACGAAUUAAUGAAAAAGACGGAAAAUACUUUUAAUUUACAAUUGCGUGAUGUUACUGUUAUUAAUGAUGCUUAUGAACGUUUUGCUGAAGGAAUUAAGAAGACUAAAGAGCAAUUAGAAACAAUGGAAAGUUCAGGUUGUAUGCUAGGCGAAUCACCUCCUAGAGACGCUCCUUCCCCUACAGCUGGUGAUGAUCCUUUUGUUCAUGGUGUAGAUGGGGAAGAAUUGGCUGGGGGAGGUGAUGAUAUGGAAAUGGAUGAGGAAGAUAAACCUGGAACUAGUGGUAGUUCUCGUUGUUUUUUGAAAUCUGCUAAUGAAUAUACGCGUGCCUCAAUGCCUACUGGUCCUCCAAUUCAAUUUAAUGCUCCUCCACCACUAAAUACUCAAUUUAUUCCUUUACCUACUCAAUCUUCUGGUGCUCUUCCACCUCCACGUCCAUCAGUUAUGGAUCCACGCCAAGCUAGAUUUUUUGCUUCACAACAACAACAACAAAAUUAUCCUUCAAUUCCUCCACCACCAGGUGCUUCUCCACCUCCACAACAACAAUCACAAAUAAAUCAACAACAAUUUUUUAAUCAAACUAAUGGAGGAGACCAUUCUACAGCAAAUUUGUCUUCACCUCCAAUGUUUAAUCAUCCGCCUCCUUUAAUUCCGAGAACGCCUAAAUUUGUGAGUUUUAUUUUGUUUUUAUGGGUUGAUGUUAGGCAUUUUUGCCGGAUUUAUGGGUUAAGGACCGAAUUUUUCAGUAAGAUCUGGUCCAUACCAACAAACCAUUCGCAGCAUUUAUGCCUAGACUUUUUGAACCCCUGGUCUGUUGGAGGACAUUUUGUCCGAUUUAUCGGUCUUGGACCUUAUCGAUUUUGUGUUAAUAUUUGAUGAGCAUAAUUUUUUUAAAUGAGAAAAGGGACGAUGGUUAGAAUAUCAUUCAAUUCAUAACAUUUACGCCAUCUGGUUUUUUGCCUUCCUGGGGGAUUUUCUUGAGCUCAAAGCUUAAUAAGAUCCGACUCAUGUCAAACAAACUAUUUC